AUGUGUGGCAUAUUAUCUGAUGGUGAUGUUCAGCUGGCCAGCGCACGAAGAAUUGCAGGCAAAGUCAUGUGGUUCAGUGUAUCACAUGGCUAUGGUUUUAUAAAGCGAGUGGACACUAAACAAAGAGUAUACGUGCACUAUACUGGCAUUCAGAAGACCAACCCGAAAGAGUGCUUCCGGAGCCUGAGAAGCAACGACAUGGUCGAGUUUGAAUUGGCGAAUGGGAAGAAAGGCAUCAAAGCCAUUAACGUGACUGGUCCCAGUGGUGUUCCAGUAAAAGGCAACAAGUAUGCGACAGAUCGCGAUCAACAUUGGUGCUAUCCACGUUAUGGAGGUCCUCCACACAACUGUCAGAGAAACGACCAAUACUGCAAAGGUGGAGAGAGAAUGAGAGUAGUCGAAAGUGCCACUGAUAGAAGGAACGCUGUCCCUCCACAGCCUGAAGAGAGAGGUGUGGGCGAAAAUCCCAUGUCAUAUCUGUACCCAGAGAGGUAUGGCCCUGCUAACGAGUAUAGUACCAUAAGUGGUGACAAAAAGUCAAUGGUUGUUCAUCGUAACCAGCCUAAGAAAUACUCGUCUAGUCAUCGAGAGGCGGUGGAACCACAGCUCACAGAGGCGAAGAGGUCAAGUACACCUGAGUCCCCGUGCAAUAGCGAUCCUACUGCUGAAAUGUUGAAUGUGUUUCGGCCACCCUACAAUCAGGUCUGCAACUGUACCUUGUUCUAUGUCUGA